GUCUAUCAGUCCGUUUCUUGAAUCGUUAGUCGUAAGACUUUUACAAGCAAAAACACUUGCCGUGCGGUGCUUUUGUACGGAAAAGACGUUAUUGGAAAUAAAAUAGUGCGUUCUGUUGUCGGUUAAUUACGUAAAAGAGCAUGCACGCGUUGCUAUUGUAAUUGUGAUAAUAUUGUUAAAGCAAGACUGCAGUGAUUGAAUUGUAUUUGAAUGAAUUGAAAUCGAAUAGAAAGUGUGUAUCGCUUCAAUUUAAUUAAAAUUUCUUAGAAUCGUGCGACCUUUCACCUGGACGAUUUAACUAUUAUUGGAAAAAAGGAUAUAAAAAUAGAAUUGAAAUAUUACUCGGUCAAAUUUUAAUGAUUUUUUCUUCUCUAUUCCUUCUAAAAAAUUUAACACCGAAAAGAAUUAGUUUAGAGUUGAUUGAGUGUUAAUUUAAAGUGAUUAUAGAUCGAACAUUGAAAUUGCGAUUGAAAGGUAGUAUACUUAGUGCAGCUCGAUGCAUAUAUAUGAUGUGUGUAUAUCCUUUGAUGAGUGCUUCAGGGAUGUUAUUUUGAUGUCGUGAUAUUAGGUCAGCGCAACAGGCGGACGAAGAGUAAUGCAAUUGUAAAUAACCGGAAAUUAAAUUUUAAACGAAUUGAUGAAAUUAGAAUAGUGUAAUAAGUGGUUGUAAAUAAGUUAGAGAAGAGAUAUGGUUUCGUUAAUCACAUCUGGCUCACAACCGUCGGAAGGACUGCUGCCUAAAGCUGAACAACGUAAAGCCGAUGAUAAUCAAAAUACCAUACCGAAUAAAACCAACAGCUGUGAUAUUGAGAACUCAACCGUGAAAUUGCUGAACACAUUAGAAGUCACACGAGCAACAUUUUCCAAACCAGAGAAACGGAGCAAAACACAAGCGGAAAAAGAUGUGGAAAAUGAAAAGUCGAGACAGCUUUUAUCGUUCGAUGAUGCACCAAAACAUUUACAAUUUAACCCAUUUAUUAGGAAUGGAUACCGGACCUAUUUAUCGACCAAAAUGUGCGUCGAGAGUAUGUUCUGGUGGACUAAUGAGACUGUAAACAUAUGGAGUCACGUAUUCGGUUGGCUUUUAUUCGUCGGAUUGACGAUUAACGACAUAAACUUCUUAAGCACUCAUGCUAGUUUCAUAGAUAAAAUUAUGGUUGGAACAUUGCUGAUCUGUUUUCAAACUUGUAUGAUUUUUUCAACAAUAUACCACACAUUCUCCUGUAAGUCAGAAAAGCAUUAUGACCGUUUCCUAUCCAUUGACUUGCUGGGCAUCGCACUAUCAUUGCUGGCAAUUUACAUUAGUGGAAUUUACUAUGCGUUUUGGUGUCAUGAUGAUAUUCGUCUCAUCUACAUAAUUGCCGUGGGAGUCAUAUUUGUUACGGCAAUGGUUAUCCAAAUACCACAUCUGAACGUUUCAUCCCACUUAAAAAUCAUAAUAUUCGUUGGAUGGGCACUUUUCGGUAUUUUACCCACAACCCAUUGGGCCAUUAAAAUGGGUGGAUUUCACAAUAAAAUGGUAUCGCUGUUAAUUCGUCGUGUCAUUGGAAUGUAUAUGCUGAGCGGUAUUGCAUUUCUAAUAUACAUUGCGAAAAUACCGGAACGAUGGAUGGCAGGACGGGUAGACUUCUUUGGCCAUUCGCACAACUGGUGGCAUUUCUUCGUGUUGGCUGCACUGUACUAUUGGCAUGACACAGGUUUGAUUUAUGUGGAAUUUAGGAAAUCCAACGAGUGUUUCUAUGAUGUGGAUAAUUCAUAUACCGUUUAACACAGCUGUGGGAUCGAUAAUUUAAUCUAAUUUAAUCUAUCUAUAAUUAAUACGUAUUUAGCUGUAUAAUUGAUGCAAUAAAAUAUCAAAAAUGACAAAUUUAGACAUUA